GCCCCGGUCCCUGAUGGGCGUUUGUUCCCCGCGCAGAUCUCCGUUCUGUAUUUCGCCCGGAGCGCGGAGCUGGCGGGGCUGCGCUGCGAGACCCUCUCGGUGCCACGGCAGAUCACCUCGCUGCAGCUCUGGGAGGAGAUCGUCAGAGUUCACCCAAGGCUUGCUGUCAUCCAGGAUCAAGUGGUUUUCGCCGUUCGACAGGAGUACGUGCGUCUGGGGGAUCAUCCCCUGGUCCUGCAGCCUGGAGACGAAGUCGCCAUCAUCCCACCAAUUAGUGGAGGCUGAAUCGUCCCAGGUUCUGUUAGCUUUUCUACUGAGUCAUGGAUGAAAGCGAAGAUGUGCCAAAAGAUUUUAUCAAGCUAAAGUCUGAAAAGCUCUCUGUAGAUGAAGUGUCAGAGAUGGUCAUUUCACCAUACUGUGGGGCAGUGUCUUUGUUCAUUGGUACUACAAGAAACAAUUUUGAAGGGAAGAAAGUGAUUCGCUUAGAAUAUGAAGCAUAUACUUCAAUGGCAGAGACUGAAAUCAAGAAAAUCUGCAGAGAUGUUAGACAGAAAUGGCCAUCAGUCAAACAUAUUGCAGUGCACCACAGACUUGGUGUGGUUCCAGUAACUGAAGCAAGUGUGGUUAUUGCAGUCUCCUCUCCACACAGAGCAGAAUCCCUUGAAGCUGUAAUGUACUGCAUCAAUACCUUAAAAGCAUCUGUCCCAAUAUGGAAGAAGGAAAUUUAUGAGGAUGAAUAUUCUUGGAAAGAAAACAAGGAAUGCUUUUGGGCAAAUUCAGAAAAGUAGCUGUCCUCUUUUAAAAAUAAAGUGUUACU